CUCUCCAUCCCACUCACCUCUGUAGAAACCUCCUUUUACUCGUCUGUCUCCAUCACCUCCUUCACUAACAAUCUCUCACAUACACAGUGAAUAUUCAGAAGCCAUAUCAAUGGCCUGUUCACGAGCUCUCACCGCCGCCACUGGUCUCAUGAAACUCCUCCGCCCAAGCCUCUCACCUCCGAUGGCCAGUCCCUUCCCUACUCGUUCACUUCAGUGCGUCGCUCUUCCGACAAGCGCCGGUUCGGAAGGCAACUCCGAUCGCAGCACCGUCAUUGAUCUCACGAAGCUCCUCCGCUCACAGAUCUCUCCUCAGAUGGAAGUCGCUCCCUUCGCCGCUCGUUCAUUUCACACCGUCGCUCUUCCCACAAGCGUUUCCGAAGCAAAAUCAGACUCUCUCACCACCGCCAUUGGUCUCCCGAAGCUCCUCCACUCACAACUCUCACCUCAGACGGUCACUCCCUUCGCUUCUCGUUCACUUUGCACAGUUGCUGCUGUUUCCAAAAGCGGCGAUUCGGAAUCCGACGCCGACCUCAGCUCCAAACAGCCCUCUAUUGGCCUCAAAGGUGUGGUUGAUCUUGUGCAGACACUGGUGAAUGAUAGCUACAUCUGCGUGAAGAUUGAUGUGCCAGGUCUGAAGUCAAAGGAUCUGAAAAUUUGGGUGAACGAGAAGAGAGUAAUUAUCUUUAUGGGAAGGUCAAAAUGCCCACCCAAGUAUUGGUGUAGGGGAUGGUUUUACGGAGGCACCAUUAGAGACUGUCCAUUGGACUGCAAGGUGGAGAACUUCAAGGCCGAGGUGAAGAAUGGUGUCCUCUGGGUUACUGUGCCACUCGCCGACGACGCCAAGAAGACACACUUUCGAUUGUUGGAUCAGAAAGGGGAUGAAGUUUGAUCCAUCUUUGACCGAUUUGGGGGUUUAGGGUUUUAAUUUCGAUCUCUAUAUUCUUCUUUUAUGUUUUUGUUUUAGGAUAUAUGUUGAAUGUAUGAAUCUCUUUUUUGGGGGAUGAAUCUCCUUUUUUGUGGAAAAUUAAUUAUAUAUGUUGUGGUAGCUAGCUCUUGAUUUCAUACUCAACUUUUGCUGCAGCUGUGUCACGCAUUAAUUAUUUAGCUUGGUUAAUGAAGC